AUGGAGGUAGACAAUCCAUGCGCCAGUACCAGUGCCGGGGCUGAUUUAGAAUUUGAAAAUGGAAUGGAUGGUAAUGUCAUUGCAGCAGCUGGAACAGCUGGUAGUGUGUCUGUAUCUCUUCAUCCCCUGGUCAUCAUGAACAUCUCCGAACACUGGACCCGGGUACGGGCACAGGAGGGCAAACCAAUGCAGGUUCUUGGAGCUCUGAUUGGUCAACAGAAAGAUAGGAACCUAGAAGUGAUGAACUCUUUUGAGUUGGCAUUUGAUAGAGUGAAUAGAGACAUUGUCAUUAACAUGGACUAUUACAAAACUAAAGAAGAACAAUUUAAACAGGUGUUUAGUGAAAUGGACUUCCUUGGUUGGUACACAACUGGGGGCCCUCCAAAUAUGAGUGAUAUCAAGGUACAUAGACAGAUGUGUCGCAUCAAUGAGAGUCCUAUCUUUCUCAAACUGAACCCUCUUGCAGGUCAUACAGAUGUCUGUAUCCCUCCAUCUUUAAAGGGGAAUAGGCUUCCUGUUACACUGUAUGAAUCACUUAUUAAUGGACAGUCUACUGUAUUGUUUGUACCCCUUGAAUAUACUCUUGCCACAGAAGAAGCUGAGAGAAUUGGUGUCGAUCAUGUUGCGCGGGUGUCCACCUCAGAUUCUGGAGAAAGCUCAUCAGUAGCAGAACAUUUGAUUGCUCAGCAUAGUUCAAUUAAGAUGUUGGAUAGCCGUGUCAAACUCUUACUACAGUACAUCAAGGCUGUUCAAGCUGGUGAUUUAAAGAUGAAUCAUGACAUCCUUCGAGAAGCCUAUAGCCUGUGUUACCGACUACCUGUUAUCAACACUCCAAAAUUUAGAGAAGACUUUUACAAUCAAUGUAAUGACGUGUGUCUCAUGUCGUACUUAGGUACUAUAACAAAGAGUUGUAACACAAUCAAUCAGUUUGUCAAUAAGUUUAAUGUGCUAUAUGACCGGCAAGGCAUGGGACGCCGUAUGCGAGGACUAUUCUUUUAA